AUGGCAGUCAUGGCAGUCAUCAGGGCAGCACAAGCCACAAAUCCAGUAACGACUGCCCACGAUACUGGCGACAACACUGCCAGCACCUGUUCCAGCACUACCAGCUCAGCUUUCACCGUCACCAUCGCCGUGACAUCACCGCAUCGCCCUGCCUUUGUUGACCGGCAGUCGCUGCAGGCCCAAUGCAGUGAGCAUGGACCACUUGGGACCCCUAAGGAUUUCACCACUCGCCAGCACACCCCGUUCACCGUCACCACGACGACUUCACGCUCGCCCGCCGCUGCUUACCCGCCGCCUCCUGCGUCGCCAGUGCCUGCCCGCUGGUCGCUGACGAAUCGCAUCUUCAACCUCAAUCUGCGCUCGCUCUACCAGGGCCCGCCGCGCCUGCCCGCCUCGCGUCUCUGGAACCCCGUCAACUCGUCUCCACGCACCCUCCAGAUCGAGAAUCCGCCCCCGACAACAUCAACAACUACACCGUCGGGCGUAUUAUACCAGCCCCUGCGAACUGCGCCGCGCGAAGAAUACUACCCGAACCUCCCCAUCGAAAGGGACCCCGGCGCCACAGAGGAAGGCCGCGACGAGUACCCUCUGCUUUCGCUUCCAGAGCGACGCCUAAGUCGGCAGAGCCCUGUGUCGAGUUCCCUCGCUGUCCAACGUUCCACCUGCGAGGACAGCAUCAGCGGUCGCACCAGCAUCGGCCUUCCGCGUGAUCGAAGAAGCCAGCCGCCCACGCAGCCGCCCACCCCAGGGCCCGUCAUGGCUUCUGCUGCGAAUCCCAGAGACAGUGUGUCGCCCGCGCCCCAUGCCGACAAGGACGUCGAAGCUGGGCGCAACCAGCAGCCUGGCAUGAUGUCGCGCGUCUCCCUGCCAGGCUCGCAACGGACCUCGCUAGGCUCAAGAGGUGACGACGACGGCGAUGCUGCGUCAGAGUUCCCGUGGGGCCCCUCGCAUCCCUGCUUUCCCCAUACGAACCCCCAUGUGCCACUCGAUUCCGAGCUGUACAACACGACGCGCAUCAUCCGUAUAAAGCGCGACUGGAUGAUGAAGGGCGACCUGGCCCCGACAUUCGCCAACCUGUACCCCGAGAUAUUGGACCCACUCAUCACCGAAGACGACUUUCGCAUCCUGAUCAAGAAGAUCAAUGAUACACUAACUGACGCCUUUGAUCCAUUCACCUUCCGCGCCUGCCUCGACACCGUCCUUGGCAUCGCUACCUUUUGGCUCUGGGAAGAUGCGGGGCUCACAGGCGUGAAGAAGCAAUUAGCAGACCUGGAGCGCUGGAUCGAGGACUGGAACCGAGACAUUGGUGCAAAAGAAGCAGUCAAAAUUAUCCCAUUACGGCGGACCGGUUACCUGACACUCGACGUACAAAUACCAGACCCUCAUCUUGGCCCCGACACCGGCACACGGCCGCACACGCAAGAAGAAAACCACCCCAACGAAGCCUCACAGCAGCAGCAGCAGCAGCACGAGCAAUAUCUCCCAUACCCCAUUACACCUACAUUACAGGUGAAUUCUCAACCACCCGUCAUCGAAGCGCAGUCAUAA